ACACAUUAUUAUAACCUAAAAAAUUGAGGUGAUGUUUGGCUUUUCUGGAUUAUAAACAGUUCAAUUUUUGGGAUUAAUACAAUUAAAAAUGAAUGGUUCCAGUGCUUAUUGUAUGUUGAAUAUCAGAAAAACACUGAUAUCCUUCCAGUUAUCUUUUCCGAGAAAUAACUAUGCAAAACCUGGUGCUAUGAUGGGCGGAGCCCUAAAAAAGAAAAAACUAGGGAAAAUGGGGCCCACAAUGGAGAAAAAGGUGUUACCAGUAGAAACAGAUCCCAUCAAGUUAGCUACAUUCGUUUGUGGUGCUAAUAUCUACAAAACUGGAGAGGAAGUGGCUCUCAAACCCAAUGAAGAGUAUCCUGAUUGGCUGUGGGACAUAAGACUUGGCUCACCACCACCUUUAGAAGAACUUGACCCUAAUUCUAAGGAAUAUUGGAGAAGGAUAAGGAAAAUGGCUAUGAGAAGGAAUAACAAGAUUUCACAGCUUAAGCAAUUUUGAAAAAACAAAGUGAUUUGAAUUAUCAAUGAAGUAGGAUUAUACAAACUGAUACCUGUCUGAAAUAGGAUUCGAAUAGUUUAGGUUUCCAAACAAUAAAAGCUUCUUGUUUUAGUUUUCCCAUGGAAAUGUAAUAUAUUUUAUAUGUCUACAUAAUGUGAUAAAUUGUA